AUAUUAACCAAUCAUCACGCGAGUCUGAUAAUCAGUCCAGAGAAAAUUGCUAUUUCCGGCGAUGAAUCAGCUGCAAGAACUCGAAAACCCACGGUCAAUUCCGGCGGAAUCGCCGCCGGUGCACCCUUUCGUAGCGCCGUUGUCGUAUCUACUGGGAACUUGGAGAGGACAAGGAGAAGGUGAAUAUCCAACUAUACCUUCUUUCCGCUACGGCGAAGAGCUCCGUUUCUCACAUUCCGGCAAGCCGGUGAUAUCGUAUACGCAAAAGACAUGGAAAUUGGAAUCAGGAGCUCCGAUGCACGCCGAGAGUGGUUACUUUCGUCCAAAGCCAGAUGGUUCCAUUGAAGUCGUCAUAGCUCAGAGCACAGGUCUCGUCGAAGUCCAGAAAGGAACUUUCAAUGUAGAUGAACAAUCAAUCAAACUCAAUAGUGAUCUCGUGGGAAACGCAUCAAAGGUGAAGGAGAUAAGUAGAGAAUUUGAAUUGGUUAAUGGAAAACUAUCGUACGUGGUUCAUAUGAGUACAACCACAAACCCUCUUCUUCAACCACAUCUCAAAGCCAUUCUCGAUAAGCUUUGAAAUCGAAACCUGCCAAUUUCUCACGACCGAUUUAAUGCUUUUGUCUUUAGAAUCACACUGUAACAACAUUGGUACUCUUUGUAAGAUUUUGGUUUUUGUUUUGUUUUGUUUUUUGUAAGCAGAAUUAAGAAGAUGAUGACAA